GGCCGAAACUCCUUAUCAGUCGAAAGACCUCACAAACAAUAUGAAGACUAUUUGGCUCUUGACUUUCUGUGCACUUGCUGCUUCGGUCUGCGCUAUUCCUGAGUCCGAGCGCGAGAAUGGAGAGAAUGGCUGGUAUAUACCCAGGCCAGAUGGCAGCUUCUUUUGGAUGGACAAGGAUGACGCAGAGCUUCGGCUUCAACAACUAGAGAUGCAAGAGACGCGCGCACUGACCACAACUCCCGUCAAAUUCUACCUAUUCACCAAGUCGAACCCCACCAAGGGAACCAAGAUCACAGCCACUAGCAAGUCCAUUACAAAAUCCAACUUCAAUGCCAAUAACCCCACCAGAGUUAUCAUCCACGGCUGGACCCAAAGCAGCUCAUCGGGCAUGAACAAGAACAUUCGUGACGCCUGGCUGAGCAAUGGUGACUACAACGUCAUCGUCGUAGACUGGGCUCGUGCACGUUCCAUCGAGUACGCUUCCUCCGUUGUGGCUGUACCCACCGUGGGCACGAAGGUCGCCAACAUGAUCAACUACCUUGUCUCCGACCAUGGAUUGAGACUCGACACUCUGUACGUCAUCGGACACAGCCUGGGCGCCCAUGUGGCUGGCUAUACGGGCAAGAACACCAACGGACAGGUGCACACCAUCAUCGGUCUAGACCCCGCUCUGCCCCUGUUCAGUUACAACAAGCCCAACAAACGUCUCAACUCUGAAGAUGCCUUCUACGUAGAGUCCAUUCAGACCAACGGCGGCAUGCUGGGCUUCCUCAAGCCCAUUGGCAAGGGCGCCUUCUAUCCCAAUGGUGGCAAAACGCAGCCGGGUUGCGUUAUGGAUGUGACUGGUGCCUGCUCCCACGGACGUUCUGUGACCUACUAUGCUGAGGCUGUCUCUCAGAACAACUUUGGCACCAUGAAGUGCGGUGACUACGAGGCAGCCGUUAACAAGGAGUGCGGCAGUACCUACAGCAGCGUUCGCAUGGGUGCUGAUAGCAAUGCCUACAUGGUAUCAGGUGACUUCUAUGUUCCCGUGAACAGCAAGGCUCCCUAUGGCAAUAUCAACUAAAAUUGUGACGCAAUUAAAGAAUAUUUCCGAAAAUAAUCAAAUUUCGUUUUGGUUAAAACAGUAUUUUCUGACUAACUAGCAUCCAUAGUAAUCUUUAGUAUAUAAAUACAUACAUACGGCUAUGUACAUAGUAAUAGCUUAGAAUUCAAAUUAGCGGCAGAAAAUAUAUGUACUUUUUUUCGUAAUAUUAUUAGAUGCUAUGUAAUUUCCACGUCUAGUCUAAUUAUCACGGGUGUGAAAAACUGUUUAUAUAAAUAAUGUUGGUCUUAAUUCCUUACAAGUCGUGUACUACUAUCCCAAUGAGAUGAAGUUUAUUUGGCUCUUAGCUUUGUGUGCUGCAAUAGGAAAAUCUGCGGUCUGCCAAAUUCCUGUCUCUGAACGUGUGAAUGGAGUGAAUGGCUGGUAUAUACCCAGAAUAGAUGGUACCUUCUAUUGGAUGGAUAUGGAUGACGCAGAAUUGUUGCUUAAAGAGAUAGGAGAGUCAUUGGAGAACGAUGAAAGCUAUGCCGACAAGGUCUAGGGUGAACAGAAAAUCCUCACGGCCAUAUAAACUAAAACUGUGACGCAAUUAAAGAAUAUAAUAAAAACAAGUAAGAAGGCUCCAGUCGAAACUGUUCGACUAGCAGAUACCCUAA